AUGAAAAUUAGUUCUACUUGCGCUGGAGUUCUUAUGAUUGUCGUAGAUUUCAUUGGUCUUGUUCCACUGCUAUUGGUAGUUCUUCAAAUUCUCUACUAUCGUCGAAGAUUCACACCGUUUCGAUGUUUGAUACUAUCAAAGCUCAUGGCUGAUGGACUAGAGCUGUUUAUUGUUAUGAUGGUACUGGUUCCGUCCGAAUUGAUAUUUGGUGAGUGGGUUCCGCAAUAUUAUCGACCUGCAGUUGGAUAUUUUUCCGUAGGACUGCAAUACUCAAGUUUCCACACCUCGAUUGCAAUGACGGCCAAUCGUCUGCUUGUCGUCUUACAUCCUCUAAAAUAUAACGUUUGGUUUACGAAGAGCAAGACCGCAACAAUUAUUAUCAUUGCUUGGCUUUUGGCAUUCAUAGUGAGACUAGAUUAUGUGUACUCCAAGAUUGGUAUUCAUCGUCUUUAUGAUGAUGCCUCCUCCUUGAUGCCGAGAUUCAAAGACAGUCGAACAUGGGCAAUACUCGAACUUCUCGGAAUUUUUCCAAAGCCUGGCUCUAUCGUCUUACCAGUAGUAGAAUGUUUUACAAGCGAUGGUGAAGCUACUCCUCCCUACAAACGUUACUUCCAACCGCAGCUCCAUUCUGAACGGUCCCUUCAGAGAUUGCGAAGAAACAAUGCGCGACCAGCAAACUGGCUUUCUUGUUGGGAGAUCCACGUGCUGUGGUGGAGCCCUAGCCUUAAUUACGCGCUGAAGGCAGGACCGCUUGAAGUGGUAGCAGGACUACUACAGGAGGCGGUAGUAGGAUACUUCUUUUUCAACUUCGCCUUCGAUGACGUUAUUCGAAGUACAGUUGACCAGUGUCCUGUCGACAUCGCCUUAGCACCAUCAGGGUGUCCUUUGACCGAUCUCGAGUAUGCCAUAUUCAUGCAAAGUUCGAAACUUCAACAUGGUGCCAACCUUGUAUCGAAGCUAGCUGAAGCUUAUAGACUACGCCUAUACCUUGAUUAG